AUGUCUGACGCCGACAUCGAGACCGUCCGGCGGCUUCAAGCUGAGCGUAAUGCUGCUGCUGCUGCCAAAAAAGGUUCAAAGACAUUUGAUCCGUCUGCUCAGCGCACUGACAGCUCGACCAAGGCCUCCCUCACGGACUCCUUCGAUACCACUCUGUACGAGCGGACCGGGGUAGACAAGUUCUCGGGCUACGAUACCUCCAUCGCUGUGAAUGGCGAUGAUGAGGACAUGGAAGAUGCGGACGCAGGACAUCGUCUGGUCGGCCAGUACACCGCAACUAGAAGCCAGAUCGACGAGAUGGCCCGAGGCAACGGUGUUGAGGAGGAGGACAUUCUUCUCGGUCGUGAGAAGGCGGGACGAAUCGCAGAUCGUGAGACCGACUACCAGAAGCGCCGUUUCGAUCGCGGGCCCCUGACGCCGACGCGCGCCGACCCUUUCGCUGCCAACGCCCAUGCAAAUGUGGAGGAAGAGGGCCAGACCUACCGUGAAGUCAUGGCUCUUCGUGAAAUUGAGAAGGAAGAGGAGCGUGUUCAGAAGCUUAUCGCUGAGAAGCGGGAGCGCGGUGAAGAUGAUGUUGUGGAGCACCAAGCGACGUUGAAGGCGGCAGAAACCGACAAAGAAAAUGCCGAAGCUGGCUCGACCGUUGAGGUUUCAAUCGGAAGGAAGCGCAAGCAGAGAUGGGACGUGGCUUCGGAGGACGCAGCUGCGGCUAAAGCCGAGCCGGCGGCAGAGACAAAGACCAAAAGGUCGCGCUGGGAUCAAACGCCCGUCCCUGGUGCUCCCGAGGAAGGUGCCAAACGUCGCUCGAGAUGGGAUCAAGCACCAUCCCUCACAUCCGCGACUCCUGUGGGCAACCAAGGCCUCGCCACUCCCAUGCAUCCAUCUCAAGGAGGCGCGGCCGCUGCUGGACCCGGUUUUGGAACUGAUGUAUCCGGUCGCAAUGCCGUAUGGUCCGAUGAGGAGCUAGAUAUGAUGUUACCCUCCGAGGGGUACAAGAUUCUCGACCCUCCGCCAGGGUAUGAGCCCGUUCGAACGGCCGCCAGAAAAAUGAUGGCGACACCAGCACCCGUGGCUGGCGCCGCUGGUGUUGGAGGGUUCAUGAUGCAAGAGCCAGAAAGUGCUCGCUCGCUAAGCAAGGAACUACCCACCGAUAUUCCGGGUGUUGGAGACUUGCAGUUCUUCAAGCCGGAGGACAUGGCCUACUUCGGUAAAUUGAUGGAAGGCGGAGAUGAGAGCUCCAUGACUGUCGAGGAGAUGAAAGAACGGAAGAUCAUGCGGUUGCUCCUCAAGGUCAAGAAUGGCACGCCACCGAUGCGGAAGACCGCGCUACGACAACUCACCGACAAUGCACGAAACUUCGGCGCUGGUCCUCUGUUUAACCAGAUCCUGCCUUUGCUUAUGGAGAAGUCAUUGGAGGACCAGGAGCGCCACUUGCUGGUCAAGGUCAUUGAUCGCGUUCUCUACAAACUGGAUGACUUGGUUCGCCCCUACGUUCACAAAAUCUUGGUCGUCAUUGAGCCAUUGCUUAUUGACCAAGACUACUAUGCUCGAGUUGAGGGUCGCGAAAUUAUCUCCAAUCUUGCCAAGGCCGCUGGUCUGGCCACGAUGAUCAGUGUCAUGCGGCCGGAUAUCGAUCACGUCGAUGAGUAUGUGCGAAACACCACGGCGCGUGCCUUUGCCGUUGUGGCUUCUGCGCUCGGUAUACCCGCCCUUCUUCCUUUCCUCCGCGCCGUCUGCCGCAGCAAGAAAUCCUGGCAGGCCAGACACACCGGUGUCAAGAUCGUCCAACAGGUUCCGAUCUUGAUGGGCUGCGCCAUUUUGCCUCACCUGAAGGGUCUGGUUGAUUGUAUUUCAGAUAAUCUCAGUGAUGAGCAGGCCAAAGUCCGAACGGUCACUGCUCUGGCUGUGGCUGCUCUGGCCGAAGCGGCCAAUCCCUACGGUAUUGAAAGCUUCGAUGAGAUCUUGAACCCUCUCUGGACCGGCGCACGCAAGCAGCGUGGCAAGGGUCUUGCUGCUUUCCUCAAGGCCGUCGGUUAUAUCAUUCCUCUCAUGGACGAAGAAUACGCCAACUACUACACCAGCCAAAUUAUGGAGAUUCUUCUUCGAGAGUUUUCAUCUCCAGAUGAAGAGAUGAAGAAGGUGGUUUUGAAGGUGGUGUCUCAGUGUGCCAGCACCGAGGGCGUCACUUCCGGCUACCUGAAGGAGCAUGUGUUGACCGAUUUCUUCAAGAGCUUCUGGGUGAGGCGUAUGGCCCUCGACCGAAGGAACUACCGACAGGUGGUGGAUACGACCGUCGAUUUGGGCCAGAAAGUUGGGGUUGGGGAGAUUCUUGAGCGUGUUGUCAACAACCUGAAGGACGAAAGCGAACCGUACCGCAAGAUGACUGUGGAAACCGUGGAGAAGCUCAUCGCGUCGCUUGGAGCUGCCGACAUUUCCGAAAGACUGGAGGAGCGGCUCAUCGAUGGUGUCCUCUACGCAUUCCAAGAACAAAGUAUCGAGGACAUUGUCAUCCUGAACGGAUUCGGUACUGUGGUGAACGCGCUUGGCACGCGAUGCAAGCCAUAUCUCCCACAAAUUGUCAGUACCAUUCUCUGGCGGUUGAACAACAAAUCCGCGACGGUCCGACAGCAGGCAGCCGACCUGAUUUCGCGGGUCGCGAUGGUCAUGAAGCAGUGCGGUGAGGAUGCUCUGAUGGGGAAGCUCGGUGUUGUGCUCUACGAGUACCUGGGUGAGGAAUACCCUGAAGUGUUGGGCUCAAUUCUGGGUGCCCUUCGAUCCAUUGUCACCGUGGUCGGUAUCAAUCAGAUGCAGCCGCCCAUUCGCGACCUUCUGCCUCGCCUAACACCCAUUCUGCGCAACCGUCACGAAAAGGUGCAAGAAAACACGAUCGAUCUGGUCGGCCGUAUUGCUGAUCGCGGUCCGGAGUCUGUCAAUGCUCGCGAAUGGAUGCGAAUCUGCUUUGAGCUGCUCGAUAUGCUGAAGGCCCACAAGAAGGGCAUUCGUCGUGCGGCCAACAACACUUUUGGGUUCAUCGCCAAAGCCAUCGGUCCUCAGGAUGUGCUGGCGACGCUGCUCAACAACCUCCGCGUGCAAGAGCGUCAGUCUCGUGUCUGCACGGCUGUCGCCAUCGGCAUUGUGGCCGAAACCUGUGCGCCGUUCACGGUGCUCCCGGCUCUGAUGAACGAGUAUCGCGUUCCUGAACUCAAUGUGCAGAACGGUGUCCUGAAGGCCAUGUCAUUCUUGUUCGAGUACAUUGGCGAGAUGGCCAAGGACUACGUCUACGCAGUCACGCCUCUGCUCGAAGACGCUCUCAUUGACCGCGAUCAGGUGCACAGACAGACGGCCGCUAGCGUUGUCAAGCACAUCGCGCUUGGCGUCGUCGGGCUUGGCUGCGAGGAUGCCAUGCUUCAUCUCCUCAAUCUAGUUUUCCCCAACAUCUUCGAGACCAGCCCCCAUGUCAUCGACCGGGUCAUCGAAGCUAUUGACGCGAUCCGCAUGGCUGUCGGCACCGGCGUGGUCAUGAACUAUGUCUGGGCAGGACUAUUUCAUCCCGCGCGGAAAGUGCGCGUUCCCUACUGGCGGUUGUACAACGACGCCUACGUCCAAGGCGCUGACGCCAUGGUCCCUUACUAUCCCAGCUUGGAGGACGACGGCAUGGACCGGCCGGAGUUGAUGAUCAUCGUCUGA